GCUACUGUUCCUCUGAGUCACCUUAUUAAUGCCUUUCAUUCACCAAAAAAAUCCACUACUAGUGCCAGCACAGCAUCUGUACAGCCAGUUCAGAGGGACGCUUCCCCAGAGCAUGAUCCUCAGAAGAGCGAGUCUGUAUUUAAUCUAAGAGAUCUGGGAUUGUCUGAUCUGAAAGCGAACCAUUUCAAAGAAUUGGUGAACAGGUUGCUUCCUGGCUACUGUCCAGAAAACAAAGUCUCUUCACAGUGGCAUACAUCGUACAUCUCUGCUGAGUCCUUCUUUGAAAAUAAGCAUGGUUUCAUGGAUUUUUUCGGUGUUUUGCGCUCAUCUUGUUUGUACAGACAGCAUCCUAAUCCCCUCCAAAACUUCUGUUCAGAUGUUCGGAGUUGGCCAGUUUACAUACAAACACGGAACUUCAAGACUUUGAGAUCAAGAGCAAGACGUCUGCAGUCAACAUCUGAACAAUUUACAGAAACAAAAAGUUCACUUUCUUCAAUUCUGAAGGGCUUUAUCCUGAGAAAGCGCAGGAUUGAUGUUGAAAACUUGGAUGCGCUAAUGAAAACAAAAAACAUCCCAGAAGCACACCAGGAUGCUUUUAAAACUGGUUUUGCAGAAGGCUUUUUGAAAGCACAGGUAUUCCUGCAAAAAACACUUGAUUCCUUGAGAAGAUCACGUUUGCUUUCUUUCUUUCUCUUUGUUCUUUGUUUUUACCUUGCUAUAUAUUCAUCAUUUUUACCUGGGAAAGGUUCCUUUUCUGAUGCUGUACGCUUUCGAACAUCAAGUAUCUUUGAUGCUGCAGUUGAUCCAAUCCAGUUGAAAAAUGUCACCUUCGAACAUGUAAAAGGGGUUGAAGAAGCUAAACAGGAAUUGCAAGAAGUUGUGGAGUUCCUGAAAAACCCACAUAAAUUUACUGUAUUGGGAGGUAAACUUCCGAAAGGUAUUCUGUUAGUUGGACCACCUGGUACGGGUAAAACUCUUCUUGCACGGGCAGUAGCUGGUGAGGCUGACGUUCCCUUUUAUUAUGCAUCUGGAUCAGAGUUUGAUGAGAUGUUUGUUGGUGUAGGAGCUAGUCGCAUCCGAAGCUUAUUCAGGGAAGCAAAAGCAAAUGCACCAUGUGUUAUAUUUAUCGAUGAGUUGGACUCUGUUGGUGGGAAGAGAAUUGAAUCUCCAAUGCAUCCCUAUUCAAGACAGACGAUUAAUCAACUUCUUGCUGAAAUGGAUGGCUUUAAACCUAAUGAAGGUGUUGUUAUUAUUGGUGCAACAAACUUCCCUGAAGCAUUAGAUAAUGCCUUAAUACGUCCUGGUCGCUUUGAUAUGCAAGUUACUGUUCCCAAGCCUGAUGUAAGAGGUCGUACAGAAAUUCUGAAGUGGUACCUUAAUAAAAUAAAGUAUGAUCCAUCUGUUGAUCCGGAAAUAAUUGCACGAGGCACAGUAGGAUUUUCUGGAGCAGAGCUUGAGAAUCUUGUAAAUCAAGCUGCCUUAAAGGCAGCUGUUGAUGGAAAAGAUAUGGUAACCAUGAAAGAACUAGAAUUCUCCAAGGACAAAAUUCUAAUGGGACCUGAACGUAGAAGUGUAGAAAUUGAUGAGAAAAACAGAACCAUCACUGCUUACCAUGAAUCUGGACAUGCUAUCAUUGCAUAUUACACCAAGGAUGCAAUGCCAAUCAACAAGGCUACGAUCAUGACACGAGGAACAACACUUGGACAUGUAUCUUUGCUCCCAGAAAAUGACAGAUGGAGUGAAACUAGAUCCCAGUUGCUUGCACAGAUGGAUGUCUGUAUGGGAGGAAGAGUAGCAGAAGAGCUCAUAUUUGGAAGUGAUCACAUCACAACAGGUGCUUCCAGUGAUUUUGAUAAUGCUACUAAAAUUGCCAGACUGAUGGUGACUAGAUUUGGAAUGAGCGAGAAGCUUGGAGUUAUGACCUAUACUGAUGCGGGGAAAGUUAGCCCUGAAACUCAAUCUGCAAUUGAACAGGAAGUAAGAACGCUUCUACGGGAUUCAUAUGAGCGAGCAAAGAACAUCCUGAAGACUCAUGCAAAAGAGCACAAGAAUUUAGCAGAAGCUUUAUUGAAAUACGAGACUUUGGAUGCCAAAGAAAUCCAAAUUGUUUUAGAGGGAAAAAAACUAGAAGUAAGAUGAUAACUUCUGGGAUACAGUAACUGAUAAUUUGAAGAAUGUACAUCUAGCAAUGCAGUAGUCUUAUGCAGCAUAGAGCCUUUUUUUCCCUUCCUGAUGUGUAUGGCAUUAGCGACUUUUUAAUAUUCUGUCUCUUGUGAGCUUCUGUUAUUCAUCUAUUUGUUGUGUCUCAUCAGAAUAAGACACACAAAAUAAAGCAAGUUCCUCAUCCUCU